AUAUGCCUGAUAUUAACGUGUCCCAAAUAUAAACAUUUGUAAAUUCAAAAUUGAAUGCUCCAUUUAUUUUUCUGUCUCAGGCUCCCAAAAGUCUGAAUGUCCAAGGAAGUCUGCGGGGAAAUCUCCCUGUUCCGCUCCCUAAUAGAAAACCGAAGGUUCAUGCUCAUAUUGAGUUGCUCUUCUUUCUGUACCUCUCCUUGGAAGGAUUUCAUUUUCAUUCACGAAGGUGUGCCACAUUUGUGCAGAUUCGAUGACAUAACUCUCCGAAUUCUCGAGUCAGUUUUAGUCUGCAAGGAUGUGAAAUUGCUGCUCCAAAUAACCUCCACUUUAAAGAAUUUCAUGCGAUACGAAUCCCUCCAAGUCCUCCGCGAAAUUACCGCUCUCAGAUCUGUUGAUGAUAAUCUAAACAUUGUCGAAUUUCUCGUCCGCAUUUUUGCUCUUAUCGGGGAUGAUGAGAGUUGUUUGGCCUUGAGAUAUGAGGCAUUGCUCAUGAGAGAACGAAAGGCUCCAAGUGAUCAGAGACUUCGAGUCUCAUGUGUUGAGUGGUUCGCCUUUGCAGAACAUUCAUUUCAGAAUGGUUUUUGCUCUAUUGCUAGAAUGGCAUGUGAGAAGGCAUUGUUAUGUUUCGAUACAAAUAGCAUUACUUUUGAUAGCGAGACUGGACACCACUUCAAUUAUUUGAUUGAGAAAAUCGAGGAGCUCAAAGAUUCUGCUGCUAUGACUUCUUCUUCACAUUCUGUUCAGGCAAAGACAGCACAAUACUUGAAGAUUAAACCAGUUGAGACAAACUCAGAUCAAACUUUUCCCCUUAUUGAAGUUAAAGGUUCCGCAAGUGAUAUGUUUCGUGAAGGGAUUAAAAGACGUCAUUUGCGGCAGUUGCAUGAUGCUCGAGGCAGGUAUCGACCUUCAGAAUGAGCUGAAAUUUUCCUGUUCUUCUCAACCUCUUCACCCCUUCCCAUCUUAUUGUACAAGGGAGUGAUUAUUUCUUCUUGUCAUGAUACGUCUUCUCUGCAUUAUGGAGGUGCACAAAGUUAUCAUGACGUUGAUUUAGAAUUGACUUUAUUCCAGAUUUAGUAAUUUGGUUACUGAGCGCCCCUUUAGUUCAUAAAAUGUAAGCUACCAAAUAUAGUAUUUUUUGCCAGUGAAAUGUCGUAGCAUUUAAAUUUAACUAAAA